AUGGCAAAGUUUUUAGAAUUGAGCAAACAGAUGGGAACCAAACAGGUGCCUACGAAGAGGGUUGACAAAGAAAAUAGUAAUCCAGACUUGCAAAAUAUUCUUUCACAUAGAUCUAGUCCUAAUAAGACUCCAGGUUCAAGGCCGACUGCUAUUUCUUCAAAUGCGCUCAUACAAGCCGCAGCAAGGCAAUCUCGAAUGUUUAAAUCACAACUUAAACAAAAAUGA